GUGAGCGUCGCUGGUUUCGCUGGCUUGGCUGGCUCGCGGCUGGCUGGCUUCUGCGAGCAGCGCGCAUUUUGUGCUGGGUUGUGCGUGGUGUGGGUACGUAAGCCUCGCGUCGGUCCGCGCGGCGCGAUGAUUUGUGUGCGCGUUGUCGGUGGCUCGUCGUUUGGUUUGCAAGGCAGCAGUGCAACGUCAUUGUGGUGAAUAAUCGACAUCCCAAACGGAAUACGCUGACCACUGGAGUGUGCUUUGGCCAGACUCCGACUACGGCUGUGUGUUGUGAAAGGGAGCGUGGAGACAGCAUGGGUCCGACCCGUCAUCUGCUCCUGUAUGCGAUCGCAUGGUCGCUAGUGACGCUGGUGCAAGACGCGAAGCUGUCGCCCACGCCGCCAGCGCAGACCUGCUUCGUGGAGACAGCCAUACAGGAGACAAACCUGUGCAGUAACGUCUUCAGGAGGAGCGUUACCGAAAAGGCGUUCAACGCUUCGGACCCCAAAGAUUUGAAGGAGGCGUGCUGCUCGCUCGACCGGCUGGAGCGGUGCCUCCAGGCGGCCUCCAACAACGCGGGCUGCAAGGAGGAAGUGAGCGCGCUGGUGUCCACGCUGCUGCGCGUGGCGCGCAACCUGCUGGGCGACGUCUACAAGACCCGCUGCCGGUUCAAGUGCAGCUCAGCCUGGUCGCUGUCGGCGCCGCGGCUGUUGGUGCUGCUGCUUCUCGUAGCAGCCGUGCUGAGCGGCCGCCCCUUAUAGACCGCCGGGGUUGGCCAGCUGCCGUUCCAUUAGGCGGCCUUGCAACCUCCAAGUCCUGGAGCUCAACAGUCUCUCGUUCGCCUGAUUUCUUCGCAUGAACGAUCCAGAUCACCGAAACGCGGAGCCGACGUGAUGUUACUACUUCAACUGACCAGACUGCAAGAGACGUCUGCGCGGGCGCGGCCGCUGCCGUCAUGGCGUGCACAAAGUCGUGCGAUUCCGUGGUGGGCUCUCGUUAAUGGCUUCUUCUUGAUCAAGACGAUCGUUGUUUUGUGCUCGGAGUGACAAGCGUUCGCUUACAUCGCACCCUAGUGUCUAUGAUGCUACGAGCGCUUGACUUCAACGGUCUCAGGGGAAAGCAAUUCUGAUACCGUUCCUCGUGUCAAACUGAACUUUCGGUCGGCUUGAAACUUGAGACUAUUUCGCAACGCGUCAUCAUUUCAUGAGGACGAGUAGCCAUCCAUUCCCAAGGCUCAUCAAGGAGGGCACUGAAACAGAAAAGAAUAAGCUACGGGCAGCCAAGUUUUAUUACAUGAAAGCAUCACGCAUAUAUGAAGCAAGACGGCUGUCAUUGAAACAUCGGCAGAAUGGCGCUUCACGGGAGCAUGCCGCUAUGCUCCACCGACAUUGUGCGUGGCGCGCUACUCGGGAGUUAUUGUAGAUACCCGCAUCAUAGUGGACCCUACUCUGUAUUGCUGUGCUCAAUCUAAACCCCUUGACCGACCACGCGACUGAGUUCUUGAAUUUUUGAGACGGCACAGGAUGUGUUGUCACGACCCCGUUGUGCGUGCUAUCUCGAACUCCCGCUUUAUUCACCACUGGUGUCCGCUCCGUGGUAUAUUGUGGGCAGUCCUUCACUAAUUUGAAAGAAAUUAGAAAUGUAUACCACUGUAUGGAGAAAUGAUUAAGUUUGUUUUUUACCGAUACGUCAUUUCUUUCACUGAAGUGUUUUGCAAUAGAUAACCAUGACCCAACGUUGUCUUGAAAGAUAAAGUUUACAGCUGUGUAGCGCAAGUUUGCAUUUCAUGCUUUUCUUUCUCAUGGCCGUUCAUAAUUGGUGAUCACUGCAUGUUGAGGUGAUUUAAGCGCAUUCAGAGAGCUACACAAACAAAAGAAAAACUUAUGAAACAUGCUUCUCAGCCCUUAUGGAAAAGAACCACUAAACACUUAACGUGAAACGACUUGUAGCCUAGGUCUAGCGGAGAAAGCGCACAGCAUGGCAGUUCACUGUGCUGAAUGCUGGCUGGAGGCGGGAUUCGUUUAUUCGCGAUGAAACUGGCGGAUACGCAGUCGACAGUUUUUGGCGUCAUAACUCUUCCACAGCAAUACAUUCUUUCAGUAUAGUAUUUUUUUCGGGAAUACAUGAGAUUGUGACGCAGUGUUCAAGAAGCUUAUCUCUGCAUCGUACUUGUGCAGCCGUGAGUCCUUCGUACUUAAACAACAGUGCAGCCGUCAUAGCACAGCCUGCUGAAUUUCCUCGCGGACCUAAGAAACCUUCAAGCCUAGAGGGUCAUGAAUUUUAUAUUCCUUCCGAUUUGUAAUUGUUUUGUUUUCACAUGUCAGUGUCAGUUCUUUGACAGUAUCUUUGAUUUCGUUGCCGGCUUUCGUGGGUGACAACAGGAGUACCACCUGUGCCGGCCCACCCAGACAAACUGUUCUGCUUCUACACAGUGCGUGAGCAGCCUUCGCAAGACUGCCGCCAUCGACGUCUGCAGUGGUGUAUAGUGACACACCUUCUGUGCUGGUGUGUGCGCAUGCGCGCGAACUGGUGUGUUUGGUGACACGGCCACCUCCGCCACCUCGCCACCGUGCCAGUUGCAUCUUUCUAAGCGGGAUGUGUCGGACCUGUGAUGCCUGCGUGCGCACUUUGAAGUGAUUGGACAGCGGAAUGACCCCGCGGAUUCACAAAGGAAGCAUUAAUUGGAUGAUUCCACUGCACGAGCCUGUUGUUCUUAGAAAAUGUAGUGAGUGAACUGGUGUGCUGCUUUGACGAAUUUGUGUUAUUUUGAAACUAAUUCGGCCUCUACUCCUCCACCUUCUGGACACAGUAAAAUGCGGGCGUGUACAGCCGCAUUGAAAAUGGCUAGCCGCCUCAUGCUGGCUUAAUUUUGCGGCGAAUGAGCAGUGUAGUAUAAGCACAGAAUGAGCUAUGCGGGCUGGGGUACUUCGCUGUAAAAUUAAGUCCGAAAGCUUACACGAUGAUUAGCGAAUUACGCACAGUGCUUUAUGAUUUUCGUUCGCAGCGAUUAUGUUUUGCCUGGCAGCAGGUGCGACGAUAAAGCCUUCAAAACACACCUGAGAAACAAUUGUGCUUUGAUGGGAAGUUGCUAAGACAUUUUCCUGGAUCACUAACUGCUCACAUAAUUCCUAGACAUCGGCGUUCCCAAAAUCAUCCGACGUACAUGAUCCUUGCAAGUGUGCGAGAACGUGAGUCAGAAAGCAGCUGUGUAUCGUUUCAUAGCGUGAAGAACGUUCUACGUCAUGACCGCAUGAACCACUUCUCAGUAGACAAAGCGUGGCGCGUUUGUGUGGCUGGCAACACUUACGUACGUGAACGAAUGUUGACAAUUCGUCACCUUCACGUGAAUUCGGGUCUGCCUCAGACACUUGAUGGCGCGUGCGUGAUUGCCGAUGACGUAGCUGGAGUGAUUUCGUGUGCUGCUCAAAUAAAUGAACAGGCCUGGCGUGCAGAUUGGAUUCGUCUCAUACACUGCUAAUUGAGGCUUUGCGUGUUCCUUUGUUGUCUUUCCUGCAGCUACGGUCCCAACUUCUGACCACUAAUUUUGUUGCAAUACUAGGGAGGAAAGCAGAUUGCUGUAAUUCUGAGUCUCACUUGAAAAAUUCAACCCUUGAACUUGCAAGCAGCGAACAGCGCAGACAAGGAUUCAUAAUCUGAGCGAUUUUUGAUAACGUGACGCUGUCUAUCUUUUCGGCAUUGUUCAUUAGGCAUCAGUUGUUCAACCGACCCACUUGUCGACGUCAGCGCAGCGUUCUAAACGGCGUUUCCAUCCUACUUACAGCAUAUGCCAAAAAGGUGUUACUGGCGCUUUGUUAUGCUGCUUAAUUCUGCAACAAGACCAGAUUGCCGUUCUGCGCUAAUGUCACGAGAAAGUGUCCGUAAGUGUCCCGUUGCUGUUGACUGAAUAAUGUGCGGGAACUCUAGAAAAGUACAUGGCUCGGACAAAUAUUGUACAUGUUUUUUCGCUAGUGGCGUAGGUGACAACGGCAGCAGUCGUUGCCACUUGCAAGACAUGUGCUGUGUAGCACCCGCUGAGAAAUGCUCGUCUCUAGGAACGUUAACCGGAAAACCAAAGACAGAUUAUCACCAGAGCUAUAAAUAAUUUAUUCCACAAUGUAUGACAGCGUCGUUUACUACGCCUUUUUCUAUACCCUGUUCCUUAGUUUUUAUUUGUCUGGUUACGUUCCGUUUUGCAGAAACGAUCACGCGAGGGCGAACUUUCCUAUGUUACUCAACUGGAAAAAUAUUGAAAAUAUCCGAUUACAUGCUUUGACGAAUGAUUGGCCAAACGCUGUCCACUGGACAAAUGCUGCUGUACAUUUAUGUACGUCUGUAUAUAAAUGAACGAAUCCUAGAUAAGAAUAGCUUGUGGAAUUUUUAUCCGUAUGAUGUUCCCAUGCGACCGCAUAAUGAUCUGGUGUACCUAUUUGACAUGUGCACAGAUGUGCUGCUCGAAGAAAUUUUCGAAAUGUGUGUGCGCUUUCUCGGAAAGCGCAAGAAAUGUAAGAAUCUUAAAAAUGUUGAUGCUUCGAUCCCUAAUUGGAACUUUGAGAUCCGAUAGGCGCCUUUACCGUAAAACCGGCACUUUGGAAUGUCACAUUUCAAAGUGAAGUAUAGGGAGUCUCAGAGAAUGGAGCGAGAUUUCCAUUCUUGCAACCUUUCUUGAAGUGUUGUCGAAACUACUUGUCUGUGCGAUACAGUGCCGCCCUUCUCAUUUGUUUCUCGCAAGCGGAACUGAACAUUGUUCUGCUUGCAUGCGAGCGUGUACUCAUUUUUGGUUGCACAUUGAACGACUGGCAUAUAAUUGAGAAGGCACAUAUUUCAAACCUUACCAGCGGCUUGCGCAACUUUCUUUUCAAGGAUUUUUUACUGCCGUUAAACGGCGUUUUCUUCGUUGACGUUCGAGCGUCGCUUUCAUUCCUGUAUCUCGCGGUAAGGGCUUCCCGAUGGCAGUUCUUUCAGUGUCUUGUGAAGAAUGUACUCAACUGUCAAUAUUGGCGGAACGAGAAUCAGCUUGGUACUGUCCUGUUGAAAGCACAGGCCUAGUUUCUUUCACGCUCACGCUUUUUUUUUCUUUUUUUUUUUGUGAGCAACGCGUGCUUAUUUGCACUGCUUGGCCAUCGCUAAGUUCUUUGUGUGGCAGUCUUCCCUUAUGACUAAGUGACGUCGUAGCGGAGCCUUUCUCGAAUAACGCCGCCUGUCUAAGCGUUCCAAUGCAAAGGUUUCUCUUUCUUUGCGGAGGCGCUGUUAAGCCUUCAGUAUCUUGUUUAACGUCCGCUUUCUGUGGCAGACCUAAAGAACUGCUCAUCGAGAUGACCAUACUAGCGAAACUAUCGUCCUGCUCUUCAGAAAAAAAGAAAAAAAAAUGUGUGCUGAUAUAUUGACAUUGUUGAUCCUGUUGUAGUUAUGAUUAAAGACAAAACUUCUUUUUCAUCAUA